CGGCAGCGGCGGGAGCGCGGGCGGCGGGGCGCGGAACCCCCGCGCCAUGGGCGGGCGGCGCGGAGCGGCGGCGCGCAGCCGGCCGCGCCGGGGGUAGCCGCCCGCGCCCCGCACCCGCGGGAGCCCGGCAUGAACUGAGUGAGGCGGGCGAGGAGGAUGGCGAGCGCCUUCGGCCGGCGGUGGCCCCGGCGCCCGGCCCCGAGCGGCGGCGGCGGGGGGUUCCUCUUCGUGCUGCUCUGCGCCUCCGCCGGCCUGCCCCGGAGCGGCCAGCAAGUGCUGCGGAUCGGAGGGAUAUUCGAAACUGUGGAAAAUGAACCUGUUAAUAUUGAAGAAUUGGCUUUCAAGUUUGCAGUCACCAACAUUAAUAGAAACAGAACACUGAUGCCUAAUACCACAUUAACCUAUGACAUCCAGAGAAUUAACCUUUUUGAUAGUUUUGAAGCCUCAAGAAGAGCAUGUGACCAGCUCGCUCUUGGCGUAGCUGCUCUGUUCGGACCUUCCCACAGCUCCUCCGUCAGCGCGGUGCAGUCCAUUUGCAAUGCACUUGAAGUCCCACAUAUUCAGACCCGAUGGAAGCACCCUACAGUGGAUAACAAAGACGCAUUUUAUAUCAACCUCUAUCCAGACUAUGCAGCCAUCAGCAGAGCAGUUUUGGAUCUUGUACUAUACUACAACUGGAAAAUUGUAACAGUAGUGUAUGAAGACAGCACAGGUCUAAUUCGCCUGCAAGAGCUCAUCAAAGCCCCUUCUAGAUACAACAUUAAAAUAAAAAUCCGCCAACUGCCCUCUGGGAAUAAAGACGCCAGGCCUUUACUCAAGGAGAUGAAGAAGGGCAAGGAGUUCUAUGUGAUAUUUGAUUGCUCACAUGAAACGGCAGCAGAAAUCCUUAAGCAGAUUCUCUCCAUGGGAAUGAUGACUGAAUACUACCACUACUUUUUUACAACACUGGAUCUAUUUGCAUUAGACCUGGAACCCUACAGAUACAGCGGAGUAAAUAUGACAGGGUUUCGCCUCCUCAAUGUCGAGAACCCGCAAGUUUCUUCGGUCAUUGAGAAAUGGUCAAUGGAGCGUCUGCAGGCACCACCAAAACCAGAGACUGGCCUCCUCGAUGGCAUGAUGACAACUGAAGCAGCUCUGAUGUACGAUGCUGUUUACAUGGUAGCAGUGGCCUCCCAGCGUGCCUCCCAAAUGACUGUCAGCUCCCUGCAGUGCCACAGACACAAGCCGUGGCGUUUUGGACCCAGAUUUAUGAAUCUGAUAAAAGAGGCACGCUGGGAUGGCCUGACAGGGCGCAUAACCUUCAACAAAACAGACGGCUUGCGGAAAGAUUUUGAUUUGGACAUAAUUAGCCUCAAGGAGGAAGGAACAGAAAAGGCUGCUGGCGAGGUUUCUAAUCAUUUAUAUAAAGUGUGGAAGAAGAUUGGGGUUUGGAACUCAUACAGUGGCCUUAACAUGACAGACAGCAACAAGGACCGAUCGACCAACAUCACAGAUUCCUUGGCUAACCGGACGCUUAUUGUCACCACCAUUUUGGAAGAUCCCUAUGUUAUGUACAAGAAGUCUGACAAGCCCUUGUAUGGAAAUGACAGAUUCGAGGGUUAUUGCCUGGACUUACUAAAGGAGCUGUCAAAUAUUUUGGGCUUCAUCUAUGAGGUCAAACUAGUUUCUGAUGGUAAAUAUGGAGCCCAGAAUGACAAAGGAGAGUGGAAUGGGAUGGUCAAAGAACUCAUAGAUCAUAAAGCUGAUCUGGCCGUUGCUCCUCUCACUAUUACCUAUGUAAGAGAGAAAGUAAUUGAUUUUUCCAAGCCCUUCAUGACGCUGGGAAUCAGUAUCUUGUACCGGAAGCCCAAUGGGACAAACCCUGGUGUUUUCUCCUUUUUAAACCCUCUUUCUCCUGAUAUUUGGAUGUAUGUUCUCCUAGCCUGCCUUGGAGUCAGUUGCGUCCUCUUUGUCAUUGCAAGGUUUACACCAUAUGAAUGGUAUAACCCCCACCCGUGCAAUCCAGACUCAGAUGUGGUGGAAAACAAUUUUACUUUACUAAAUAGUUUCUGGUUUGGAGUUGGAGCUCUCAUGCAGCAAGGAUCAGAGCUGAUGCCCAAAGCUCUUUCUACCAGAAUAGUUGGAGGAAUAUGGUGGUUUUUCACCUUAAUCAUAAUCUCAUCCUAUACUGCCAACCUGGCUGCCUUCCUGACCGUGGAGAGGAUGGAAUCCCCCAUCGACUCAGCAGAUGAUUUGGCAAAGCAAACCAAGAUAGAGUAUGGGGCUGUUAGAGAUGGAUCCACAAUGACCUUCUUCAAGAAAUCAAAAAUAUCAACAUAUGAGAAGAUGUGGGCGUUCAUGAGCAGCAGGCAGCAGACAGCACUGGUGAAGAACAACGAUGAGGGAAUCCAGCGUGUGCUCACAACAGACUAUGCUCUGCUAAUGGAGUCGACCAGCAUAGAGUACGUGACUCAGAGAAACUGCAAUCUCACCCAGAUCGGGGGGCUCAUUGAUUCGAAAGGCUACGGCGUGGGAACCCCUAUUGGGUCUCCUUACAGAGACAAGAUCACCAUCGCCAUCCUCCAGCUGCAGGAGGAGGGAAAGCUGCACAUGAUGAAGGAAAAGUGGUGGCGAGGCAACGGCUGCCCUGAGGAGGACAGCAAGGAAGCCAGCGCUCUCGGGGUGGAGAAUAUUGGGGGCAUCUUCAUAGUGCUCGCUGCGGGGCUUGUUCUUUCGGUGUUUGUAGCCAUCGGUGAAUUUAUAUAUAAAUCAAGGAAAAACAGCGAUAUUGAGCAGGCCUUUUGUUUCUUUUACGGACUACAAUGUAAGCAAACUCAUCCAUCCAACUCCACCUCUGGCACCACCUUAUCUACGGAGUUAGACUGUGGCAAGUUAAUCCGAGAGGAGCGAGGGAUUCGAACACAGCCCUCAAUUCACACUGUGUAGUCAGGAAAGAAAAAAGGUGUGUCCAAUGGAAAGCAUUAAACUUAAACCGUGCAUAUAAUGGCAAAGAUUGUACUCACCAACACAUAGUUAAUGACUUCAAAGUGCCUCUUGCUUCAGCAGGAGAUAAGCUUAUCUAAUGCAAAUUGUCAAAGUCCUGGAAAUUUGGGCAGUUUAAAUGCAUAUCACAGAAAAUAAUUUUACCUACAACAAAGAGUGAGUGCAAUAGACUGUAGCAGAUUUUAAGAGUUAUCACAGUCUCUAUGUACAAUUGUUAUCUUGUCAUUUCAUGGGGUGAUUCACCUUUUUCAGGUAAGAAAAUUAUUUAACUCCUUUUCAUCCCCUACCAAACCCGAGGAAACCAAUGGCAGUCUCAUUACUAAAAGCAUGGAGAAAUAUUUUGCUUGGUCUCUGCCAAAGCAUUCAGCAAGUGGGGCAGGCAGCUCUUUAUAAACCUUCAGAAAAUAACCUGCAGGGCUCCAUUAACUUUCUGAACCCCUAUUAUAAGCAGCCAGAGAUUUUUAGCUGGCAUAUCUUAUUCCCAGUGUCAAUAUUUAAUGAAUUUUAAUUCAUCCAUUUAAAAUUCAUUAGGCAAAGCCUCCAAGUAACUAUCAUAGCACAAAAUCAUAUCUAUCAGUUAAAUUUUAUGCCAUGUAUCCAUUAACAUUUAGGAACAUAUUCGACAAAAGCACCCUCAGGCACCCCCGGUAUAUACCUUUCACAGAAUAUCCGUGUUGACUUGGCUUGAGCAAUUCAUGAGGUUUACUAUUGUAAGGCUUUGUAACAUAGAAAACUCCUUUAUGGCAAAAUCAGGAUGUCAAUUUAUAUCAAACAGUAAAGCCUUGGUAUGCUUUGCGUAUUGAAACACGGAAGGAAACUUUUCUGUAGGAGGUUUGCACUGGAUGCUUUUUAUACCCUGGAAGAAAAACAGUUUCCUCUAGUUUCCUCUAGUCCUCAGCCAGUCUGGGGACUGACAGGGCAGGAAACAAUGGACUGGAUCUGUUGUUGCCACUGAAAAACAUAUGACAACAAUUUGAGGUACACAAAAUGUACAGAAAUGCUGGCUCGUAGGAUGUCAUGAAGCGUGGCAAACAACCAUGUUUUCAAAACCUGAUUACCUUUUGUCUGUAUUUCAUUAUAUCCCAGCUUACCACCAGUUUCACCAAUUCCUUUCCCACCCCUCACACCUACUUUAUGUUUUCUUGCCCACUGCAGUUCCUCCUCAUCAAAUGAGUUAAUGAUCUGUUUUAUUGAGGGGCCAUUCUGGACUCUGCUGCAAUUAGAAAACUUGUUGGAGUGGAUGCCUUCACACUCAAUCACUGAAGUGCUGUGGCGAAGCUCUGCUCACCUCUCGAAUUGUUGCUCUCAUUCCUGGCUCCUGACAAAAGCCAGAGCAUAUUCAUGUUACAAUUUUUGGUCAGCGCUAUUUAUGCUGGCAGUAAGCUUAAGUAUUUUUUGGUGACGAAGAUGUACUGCUCAUAGCUAGGCUGUACCAAUUCUUCUCUGACAGUGCUCAUCCAUGUAUGUGAGUGUUUAUGCUCAGCUCCAGACGCUGCAAGAAAUUGCCUUGUUCAAAAUGGCUUUUUAACUUGUUUGAAUAGGGCCUUGAAAGCUUUGGCUCUUCAUAAAAUGAGCCUUCUUACCAACAAAGACCUGAAUUAGAUCUUCUGUAUCCUCGAUUUAAGAAAGCACUUUUGUCUGCAGUUUCCCAGAAGAAGAGACUUAAAACUAAUUAAAUUCAGCUUCUCUCAACUCUCAGAGGAGAAGGAAAAUUCCUAAUGUGUUUAUCUCCAUCAUUGCUCUACGCAAGAAAUCCUCCAGGUUGCAGCUUCGACCAGUUUUCUAAUCGCUGUUUAGAUGAACACAGAAUCCAGAAAGUUUCUGUCUAUUUUGGGUAAACAUUUUCAUAUCUGUCAAGGAAACAGUCACAUUGCUAGUAACAGUCCCCAUUUCCCCAUGUCUAGUUGUCCCCGCAGACAGCCUCACAGACUUUGGCUUGCCUGUGGGAAUUAUAAAGCAGGUCCUCCUUUCCCUGAUGGAGCUUUAUACCUAGCUACAAAAAGAGUUAUUAAAAAGCCUUACUUGCUCCUUAUCAGCUAUGCCAGCAGCUGAGGCAGUGAAGAGCCGGCAUGCCACCCGGGCACUAACAAAUCCAUGCACGUAAAGGCAGUUUUUGCAAGGUUUGCCGUGGCUCCAGGAAAAGGCGGGUGCCUUCAGGUUAACAGCGAGGCUCGAGGAAGGCACAGCCCAUAGCAUCUCCCAUGAAGUGCGUGGCACCUGGGGGGACUCCUGCACAGACAUAACAAGCUUCAAGAAGAAGUGUUAAAGCAUUCAAAGAUUUUCUACAUAUCAGCACUCUAAGCUUCUAUGACUGCUAUACUUGGCCACAAAAAAAAAAUAUUCACAAAUGCAGAUGGUCACCGUUGCAUCUUCCUAACUUGCAGCCUUGCAACUGCAUUCAGGCCCCAAUAAUGAAACCAGAUCCUUUCUCAGGUGUAUGUCAGCGCGGGGACCUUGCUGUGCAAUCAGCACAGAGCCAACAACUCUGCCUGUGAUGGAUGAGCCACAACAGACUCCAUCAGUUGUGGCACUGCAGUACCAGUAAAGCGUAGCCAGAGCUAUUUUGGGAGAAAAAAUUGCUAUGAGCAUUCCCUUAUGUAAUUUUAUAUUAAUUUUUGGGUUGCUGUUGCUGCAUUUUACUCAGAACUCCCCAAAUAUUACAAUUAAUAAGUGUUUGCAAAAAACACCAUAUGCUUUGACACACAGAAGCUAUCUACGAUUGAAAGCAAAGGGUCCAUGAAUGAGCUAGUCCCAAGCCAUCGCCAGGUUGGUUUGGCUGGGUCAGCAUGCCUACCUUUAUCUAGCGGCAGUUCCUGCCCUCAUCACACAGCCUGCAAUCCAAGUAGGCAAAGGGGCAGGGGGAAGGAAGGAGAAAGGCCAAGACAGUUGAAGAAUGUGGGGAAUGAAGGCAAUACGAUCACCACCUCAAAGAGCCAGGAUGAGGGUGGAUUAACAACAUGGCCUGCACGGCGGAACUAGACCAAGCACAGCGAUAACGCUUUCCCCAACUAGGCUGAUAUUUCCUCAAAGUACUGCCAUGGUAUCGUGUGCUGGUGCCUUCUCUCUCGGAUCAAAGCCUUAAAGCUUCACAUCUUUAGCUCUUUGGAAACAAAGGAGGAGAAGGGCUAGAAGAAAGAAAUCCCCUGUCUCAGUGAGGUUCUUGCAAAACAGAAUUUUUUGUGAGUUUGUCAGGUCUGCAAAUUCUCCCUCUUCAAUGAGUCCCUCCAUUUUCAGGCCACAACCCCACCUCCAAACAUGACUGUGGCCAUCUGUGCCUUCACUGAGCAGUCCCAUUCAUGUUUAGAUGGUUUCUGAGACCAGCAAGUAGCUUUAUUGAUUUUUUUUUCCUUGUAAACAGGAAACUGAGGAACAGUUAACGUAACUGAGGAAGAGUUAAAAUAAUCCAUGGAUUAUUGUCAUACUGUUUUGACACUCACUGUUCAAUAGACUCUGACAGUUUAAAAGACUUAAUUUAGUGAGCUCCUCAUGCAAUUAGCCAUCAGUGACAGAAUACUCAAACAGAUUCUUAAUGUGCCGCAACAGCAGUUUGCUCACUAGGAGAAACUAUUUUGGAUAUUUUUCCUUCGGUGCAUUAGGCACAAACAAAUCUCUUUUCUUUCAGCAGAAGACAUAUGUCAGUGUCCCAGCUAUGGGUCCUUCGCGGAGAUGAGAGCACUGCAGAAGAAAAAUCCUGACUUCUGCGCUUCCUCCUCUGUGCCUGAGCUUGUCAGGUGUUCUCCCAGAAUAAAGUCUGGCCCACAUUCUUCAGUUUUCAUAGCUCUCAGUUCUCCAACACAGUGCACUGGAUUAUUUUUUUUAUUUUUU